CUCGGGACGGGAGAAGGGGGCUGAGCUGGAGGUGGAGACCAGAGGAGGAUUCAUAAACGGGAGCGGAUCUCCUAGUUUUAAAACGCCGCUCUCAGUUCAAACCUUCAAGUAGCGUAGAGCUAGAUCACAACUCACUAACCGACCCAACACGACUCUUCAUUCAGAAAGGCGCCGCUCCGUAAACACCGCGGCUCCACUGGACGAAGUUGAAUGGACUUGACUGCACGGACAACUCGCUGUUUUCGUUAACUUUUCGAGGAGGUCUUCCCACUUUAGCCGGGACUUUAACUCCCUUAAACUUCACGCGACGCGUCCUUGCUUUGACAAGAGCGCCGAAACGAACCGCUGCAGUCGAUCUGUGGGAUUUUAGGAGAAAGACCUCAGGAAGAACUUUCUCAAAUGCAAAACUAUAUGUACGAGAAGGCGAUGGCACCCGAAACAAGAAACGGAGGAACGUCCACGUUAAAUAACAACGGCGUAGACAACAGCAAGAGGAAACUUUUAAUAGCGCUAGACAUCUUCUGCCUUUUUCUGGCUGUCCUGCCUUUCCUGAUAAUUGAAACUAGCACAAUCAAGCCGUACCAUCGCGGGUUUUACUGCAGUGACCAGUCCAUCCAGUACCCGUAUAAAAACGGGGACACCAUAAGCGAUGCCGUGCUCUGUGCCGCUGGCAUUCUAAUUGCCAUCCUCUCUAUUGUGAUUGGCGAAUGCUACAGGAUCCAUUACCUGAACCAGGGCUCCAAAUCGUUUGUGGGAAAUCCAUAUGUCUCCGCCCUUUACAGACAAGUGGGCGUGUUCAUCUUCGGCUGCGCCGUCAGCCAAUCAUUUACAGACAUCGCCAAGGUCUCGGUUGGACGAAUGAGGCCUCAUUUCCUAGACGUUUGUAAGCCCGACUACUCUACCAUCAACUGCUCUCUGGGAUAUAUUACUGAGUACACAUGUAGCGGAGAUGAAAGCAAAGUACAAGAAGCCAGGAAAUCUUUCUUUUCUGGACACGCUUCAUUUUCGAUGUACACCAUGCUGUAUCUGGCAUUCUACCUGCAGUCUCGGUUCACAUGGCGAGGAGCCCGUCUGCUGAGGCCACUCCUGCAGUUUACCUUGCUAAUGAUGGCCUUCUAUACUGGGUUAUCACGUGUUUCUGAUCACAAGCACCACCCCACUGAUGUUUUAGCUGGAUUUGCCCAAGGAGCCCUGGUGGCCUACUGCAUAGCCUUUUAUGUAUCGGACCUCUUCAAACCCAGAGCCAAGACCGCCACUCCCCCUCCCUCGCCAAUCAAGAAAGAGCUCCUCCCGUCUUCCGACAUCAUAGAGAGGAACAACCAUCACAACAUGGUGUAGGAGCCUCCUCGUCCCUCACCUCCCCCCGAAUCCCCUGAAGAAACCAGAACAGCCACCUGUGACGGAGGAGCCCCGGCCUAGCUGACGCCUCCUCUCUCUCAUCUGACAGUAGAAUGUAGGGACAGGACAGAGACAAUCCUAUUGACUCUUCUAUAAUGACCUCGCUAUCCUAGAGCCCGAUUGGAAAAGCCAAACAGACACAAAGCUAACAAAUAAAACAAAAAACGAAAAAAACGCCAUUUCUCCCUCAAAAUACUGCGGAGAAUGAAUCGUGCUCCUUCGACGAAAGUAAUACACAGAAUGAACGCCAACGAAAGGAAGAAGAGAGUGAAUGUGAGGCUUCUCUCUUGUCAGUAUAGGACAACAAAUUCCUUAAUAAUAGGAAUGAUUCGUUUUUACCUGCGAUGUAAUUAGCACAGAUAUAUUAACAGUAUAAAGAGGAAUAACUUAUAGCACUAUAUCCAUGUUCAUUAAACGUCACCACUCGCUAUCUGAGAAGUGUAGCUUUGAGAAGCCGGAUGAAGGUCGGAGCUGAUCUUGGCUACACGAAACAGUGGCCUAAAUAUCGGAGAAUGCAUUUUAAAGGGUUUUAAAUGGCGGGUGGGGGGGUUUACACGACUAUUUUCUUAGACGAAUAGAUUUUAUUUUAGAUAUUGAUUUCACGAUGGCCACCGCCCACCCCUGCCCCGAAUUCUGUGGGCGUGGCUGAGCCGUGCCGCCUCGCCGUCUUCCGAUUGGUCAGGGGGGCGGGGGCUAGACGUCGGGGAGGCGUGUCUCGUCACCGGGAUUGACUCCCGCUGACCACACUGGCACAUUUUUUUUUUUUUUUUUCGUUUCGUUUUUGUUUUGUUUUGGAACCGGGAACGAGCUUCUUCCGCUGGCUGGUUUGACCUCUUUCCCUUCCAAAUGCUUAAUCACUCAACUGUAGUUGCGUGUUUUUACCCAGAAUGCCACCUGUGCCCAAUGCCUGUCCUGGCACGAGUCAAACGUUUACCCCCCCCCCCUCCUCGGCAGGACGCUCUGUCCCGUUUGUGUGUUUUGUAUGUGUCGUGUGUUUCUGCACCUGCACAUGUGAAGAAACUUAAGAAAACUGUGGAUUUUUUCUUUUUUUUUUUUUUUUUUUUCGAAAUGCCUUUUCUUAGCCUCGAUGUUCCUAUCGUGAUGAUGUCUACUGUCCCCACUAACAGCUGUACAGUACUGCCUGACUAUUACAGAAAACACAUCCAUACACAACACAACUCAAGCUCCAAAUGUGUUGCACAUCCCUCCCAUUGUAUAGUCCGUCCUAUCAUUUCAACAAACCGUUUUAUUUCUCUCUCAGAAGUAUAUAAAUAAUGUAUAGAUCACUAAAAUUUACUAUGUAAGAUAUUCUUUCUGAACAUGUUUAGAUAUAUCCACUAUGAAUCUAAAAAGCAAUGUGUCAUGACCUGUGUUAUUUACAAAGUGCUGCUUUUAUGAGCAUUGAUUGACAGAUUUUUGUAUUUAGGUAACUAAAAUAUUGUAGAUUUGUGAUAGUACAUUUUUAAUAAGCGUUGAAUAAAACACAUACAAUUGUAUCAAAUUCACUAUUAGUAUUUUUGUAUUGUCUCAUUUUGUACAAAAGAAAUAAUAGCUAAAUGUUCUUGUUUUUUUUUUCUGCUAAAUGUACUUGGCUCUAAUACAUGUGCUUUUAAAUAAAAGCUCAUUAUAAACAA